ACUUCCUGUUAGUGGUGCAGAUUGGAGCACGUAACGUCAAGGGGUUUCAUCAGAUGUGGCAGCGAUUGGUGGGGAAGAAGCCGCUUGCGAGGGCAUCCGUAAGUUUAGCAGAUGGCUCACCAAAGGCAUUCGGUUUCUCGAGGAAUGCUGUUUCCCGUCAUGUCGGACUCUGUUUGCAUUGAUCGCCUCUUCACAGAAGAGUACAAGGUGUUUGCGAGCACAUGGAAUAUGGGAGGGAUCCCCCCACCAGAGGAUUUGAAUUUGGAAGAAUGGCUCGACACAGGCGACGGCUCAUACGAUAUCUACGUUCUCGGGUUUCAAGAAAUAGUCCCACUGAGUGCGGGGAACGUUCUGAGGACAGAGAAUCCAAGCAUUUGCACCAAAUGGCACCGCCUGAUAAGAUCAGCACUCAAUGAGAAGGCAUCGGCUAGUGGGGCGCCACUGCUGCCUCAAGAGCAGCAGCAGCAGAAGCAAAGAAUUUAUCCAGUUGGGAGGGAGAAGGCUGCAGGUGAGUUUCAGUGCAUAGCCAGCAAGCAGAUGGUGGGGAUCAUGAUCUCCGUUUGGGCGAGAAGGACGCUCUUGAAGUUCAUCCACCACCCCUCCGUCUCCUGCGUCGGUUGUGGCCUCAUGGGCUGCUUGGGUAACAAGGGAUCAGUUUCUGUUAGAUUCCUUCUACAUGGCACGAGCUUUUGUUUCGUUUGCUGUCAUCUGGCCUCUGGAGGGAAGGAAGGAGACGAAAUCCUCAGAAAUCGGGGUGUUUCCCAGAUCAUGUUAAAAACUAAAUUUCCUGCUGGCCCUUCCAUGGAUCUGCCCACAAGCAUUCUCAGCCACGAUCGGGUUAUUUGGUUGGGAGAUUUGAAUUACCGAAUCUCAUUGCCCGAGUUGGAGACCAGAUCUCUUGUGGAGAGGCAUGAAUGGAGAAGUUUGCAUGAAAAUGACCAACUAAGGGUAGAGCUCUCCGAGGGUGGAGUUUUCCAUGGAUGGCACGAAGGAACCAUAGAGUUUGCGCCAACAUAUAAAUAUUCUCAUGGUUCCGAUGAGUACUAUGGAUCCGAUAAUGGUGGAAACAGGAAAAAGAAGCGCGCCCCGGCAUGGUGUGACAGAAUACUGUGGCAUGGGAAGGCUAUAAAGCAAAACCUGUACGAGAGAGGAGAGAUGAGGCACUCGGAUCACAGACCAGUCCGUGCCACUUUCACGAUAAGAACGGAUGUAACCAAUAGCACUAAAGCAUCGAAGAACCUGAUCUUCUCGUCAGCAAGAUGCGAAACGAGAGAGAAUUGGUCAGUUGUUGGCAAUGGAAAUUAAUUAGCCGUUUAAUUUGUUCAUAUUCCUAAUGGCAGACGUACGCAGAAGUGGACAUUUGCGAGUUAAUUUCUUUCUCUCU